GUUGAGGUGGACGGCGUGCCGAAAAGCUUCCGCAGUAGUUUGGAUGUGUUAGGCCAUGCCGUCAUUCGCUGUUUGGGACAUGUCAGAUAGCUUCACAGGCUAGGAAUUGAUAAGGCAAGGAUUAGCAUCUCGCAUCUUCAUCGCGCCUCGUCCGUAGGGCAACUGACUGGACAGAAUCACAACGAGCCACAAGUGAGUAUCACCGGCGACAACAUAACACAGGCAGACUCCAACUAUCUUGCUUGCAAUCAUGGGGAGACCGCCAAAUCUCUACUCCUUCACCGACGUGGACAAAGAACUUGCGCCGAACCUCCGCAAGUAUGUCCUCGAACAGCAGAACGAAGCGCUCAAACGGCAUGGCGUGUUCCGCGUUGCCAUCUCUGGUGGCUCACUGCCAAAGACUUUAGCUAAGGCGCUCCUUGCGCUUCCAAGCGGCAGCGAAGAGGACAAGGUUGAAUUCGACAAAUGGGAGAUUUUCUACGCAGACGAGCGGUGCGUGCCACUCACGCACGAAGACUCGAACCACAAGCUUGUGCAGGAGGAGCUGCUCAACAAGAUACCAAAGGAGAUGCCGCAGCCAAAGGUCUUCACGGUGGAUGAGCAGUACCUGGACAACGCGCAGGAGAUGGCAGAUGAUUAUGAGAAGAAGCUCGUAUCAGUCUUCGCUGCACGGGACUCUGUCAAGCUACCGCUCUUUGAUCUGAUACUGCUCGGAUGCGGACCGGACGGUCACACAUGCUCGCUGUUUCCAGACCAUCCACUGCUACGGGAAACGGAUGCAUGGGUACUGUCGAUAUCGGACUCGCCGAAGCCGCCGCCAAAGCGCAUUACGCUCAGCUUGCCGGUCGUGUUACAUGGAUCCAAGAUUGGGUUCGUGGCGACUGGCGGCGGUAAGAAGGACAUUCUGAAGAAGAUUUUCGAGACGGAGGAAGGAAGUGAGCUGCCGUGCGGUUUGGUAAACAAAGGUGCCGGUGAGAAGGUGAGCUGGUUUUGCGACUCGGCGGCGACUGAGGGCGUCAGCUUUCCCAAACGCGGGAGUGUGAUGUGAUGCUCUUGGGCGGUUGAGACUGGUGCAUAGACGGACGUUGUGACGGCAGCACAAUGGAGUACAUUGGCUGCCCUCAAAGAUUCUAUGAUUUAGCGAUGAGAUCCACGUGAAGACGACAAGAUACAUGCACUGUCGGUAACGUUCGUUGCCAACCACAAGUUCCAGCUUGCCAUAAUGUAAAGUUUGCUUCCCGGUCCCAGAUG